CGCUAGCUCCUCCCACACACGGCUCAAUAAUCACCAGCCGAGCUGUCACUCCCCUCUUAACUUGAGAAAACCCCAAGGUAAACUUUAGGAAGAGGGCUGAAAGUUUUUAGCAACUGAAUGUAGUCGUUUUAAUAAAAUAAUCGCUGCAAAAUGAACGACAUGACAUCUGAAGCAACACGAGGAAUGAAGUCUUCGCUUUGACGCGCAACGCAACGUAAAAAUGGACGGGACGCGCAGGUUCAUUUUGGGAAUACUAGCUGUUGUCCUAUGCAAAUACUCCCAAGCUGAAUGGAAUACCACAAAUACACCAGCGAAUAGGACUGUGUCCUGUGAUCUACAUGACAACUGCACAGGUUCAGAUGAUGACCACACAUGGAGUGGACACUUCUCUAAAUGUCCAAAAGAAUACAAGCAUUACUGUGUCCAUGGUGUUUGCCGUUUUGUAAAGGCGCAAAACACCCCUUCAUGCAGAUGUGAAACGGGAUACAUUGGCAGUCGGUGUGAAUAUCGUGAUCUUGAUCUCCGUGUUGAAGAACGAAUGAAAAUAGUCAUCGCAUGUGUGGUGGCAGGAUUGGUCUUUCUCAUUCUGCUUAUUGUGUUCAUAUGCGUCUGUACACACAAACGAUAUAAACCAUGUAGAAAAAAGAAGAGAAAAAAGGAAACAAGUGAUGAAGAUGAGAAGCUCAGUUCACUGAACAUACAUGAAGCUUUAACUGCUCCAGUCAACACAUCCGACACAAAUGAUGUAUGAAUGAAACAGUGAAGUGAUCCUGCCAGGGUUGGUAAUGGCGUGAUUGUGGUGUGGGGAUGAGGACUCGUCCUGCCGUGUGAUGAAAGCUGUGCUUUACAGUAAUCCUGAGUGGACUUUAAAUGAACUUUGAAGAUAUGGUGUGAAAGGCAACCUUUGCCAUUUUCUGCGCUACAGUUUACCUCAUUCUUCAUGCCACAACUCCUUUUCACACUUUUCAGUAGAAAAGUCAGAGAUGAACUGAACGUACAUGCCUUCAGAAUGGCUGUAAUGAUAAUGUGUGUCAUAAUUCAAAUAAUUGAAUAGGUGGCGUGCAAUAUGCUGAAUGCAAACAAAGCCGAUUUAUAUGAGUUUAAUUAUAAGUCUGUUUAUAUUGCAUAUGAUGCACAGACUAUUAAAAAAGGUUACCAUAUUUUAGGUUUGAUAGAUGCUAAGGUUUUAAGUUAAAUUGUUAUAUUGACAGUUUCGAUGGUUUCUGGAAGCAGUUCUCCCGAUAUUAACGGACCUAAACUUUCUCUUAUCUUUGAU